GCGGCCGUUGAAGACGUCAGAAUCUUGCCUGAGAAACUCGUUUUAUCAAAUCCUUCCCUCUUACCGUCCCCAUAAAAAUUAAGUUUCCAAGAACAACCAGCCCAUCCCGCUCCACUUCCGCCAUAACUGCACUUGUACAAAGCUUAAGAUACCCUUUAACCUCUCUCUAAUCCGCCAGACAUACAAUCUCAACCUCUGCGUUACUUUGAGCAACUUGAGAUACUUUACUUCACUUCACUUCAUCACAAUGGAGACAGUAAAUAACCUCGCAUCGGUGGCAUCGCGCGCCAUCUGGGGAGAGGGGAACGGCACUAAUGGAGCCCAGACGAAGGACAGUGAGAGCAAGGGCCAGGAGCCAGUCAGCGGGGAGACAGGCAACGUUGAGGCAGGCGAGCCUUAUGAUAAAGGAAACUCUGAACCAACCUCCACACCCUCCGAGCCCAAGACUACCGCAGAUGAACCCAUCACUUCCACCCUGACACAAAACCCCAAAGUAACGGACACGACAAGCUCAACGACGGAUAGCAUCGGUGACUCCAAACCCAGCUCCGCAGCCCCAAACGCAGCAGACCCCUCUUCGGCCCAACAACCCACGCAAAAACAACAAGGUGCUGACCGGCCAUCCGACGAACCAUCUUCUCCUGAACACGAGAGGAUCAAGGAGACGAAAGCGGAGGCAGAGGACGCGGCGAAGGUGGAUAUAACUGGACCGGGCCCGAAGACUCUUGAGGAGAAGGCGAGGGAGAGUGGAGGUGUGGUUGGUAAGGGAGAGGGAGAGGGAAAGGGAAAGAGUGGCGAAGGUGAGGGGGAAGAAGAGGAUGGACCGCAGAAGAAAAGUCAUGGCGAGGGGACGGGCGAGAAGUACGUUAAGUCUAGUGGGACGGUGGCUGAUGGGGGGGACUUCGAUGCUGCGAAUCCCGGGGCAGGGAAGGAGGCUGAUCGUGAGUUUAUCCCUUACUAACUUCAGAGUGUGAGGAGAGGUGAUGGGGAUGAGGGCUAAUAAAAACAGGACUGCUCGAGGAGGAGGGAACCACCCAUGAGUCUGCUGCCGCGGGACCUCCUGUUAGUGAGGAAAAGGUUGGUGGCAAGGACGAGAAGGCUUCUAAACCUAAGUUGAGCGAGAAAAUUAAGGCGAAGUUGCAUAUUGGGGGGAAGGAUAAGGACUAAACUUAAACUCGAGAGGACGAUUAAUCACUUGAUGGAUGAGGUUUUCCUUCUGAGGUCGUGUUUUUAUUAAGUUUGGGAGGAUAGGGUCGAUUGAGAUGAUGAUUGAGAUGGAAUUUAGGAUUCGGCAUCUGGGAAUCGGUAAUUGGAUUAGGAACAGGAAUGGAAGAUAACUUAAUACCGCCGCUGAUAACUUCUUAUUGGGAUGUAGGUGGGUUCAAAGCUUCUUUCAUCGUCUAGACGCUUCCCACGAGUACUAUCCUGGAUUACUCACCGA